AGUAGUAUACUAGAGGGCGGGUCGCCGAUAAGCGCCACGAGCCUGCUCUCUUCGUUCUAUUUGUAUCCUUACACUUCCAUUCAGCUUACUCUCUCUAUUUACUUUUUAUUCAUUGAGCAAAAAGAAACUAAAUUAGUAGUAACAAACAGGAUUAACCUCAUUAGAUGAUGAAAAGACUAUGCUAAUCCGAACUUCUGAGAGAAAGAUGGAAAGUAUACGAAUGACUGGAACUCUUUUUUUUCUGAACAUGCGUUUUGUAUGGGAGUUGACGAAACGGUCUUUAGUCAACAAGGCGUCAUGAUUCGAAAUACUAGCAGUGUGUUGAAGGGUCAGGGCAGGACGAAGUUUCCUCGUGGUCAAUGUAAACAUUCCAUGUGAUAAAUCUUAGGCCCGGUGCGAUGGAUUUCCAAUCUGCUAUGGAAACCUUUGCAGAGGCAUGGGUAGCAGCCAACACCCAAACCCCCUUGACUGAAGCUGCAGAAACUCAGGGCUUGUUGCUGAGUGGUGGCGUAUCGUCAGGGGGCGGCGGUUGUCCACAUGAUUUAAAUUCCGACCGCAGAGAGAAACCAGAAUCCCAUCCUGCCCUACCUUCCGAACCUGGAAUUCGAAGUCCUGGUUCCUCUUCAACAUCCUUAUCACUUGUCGAGUUCCGGCCACUCAUGAAAAUCCCACCUGUCUCAUCAUCCUCUACUCCCGCCGGUCGUUCAAUACCCGUGCACUGUAUCGUGGAGCAGGUCUCACCGCAGGGCCAAUCAGUUGAUUUAUCUCAAUCUUCUGUAGAUCUAGAUAAUUAUGCAAUAAUUCCCAGUAAUGCUCUCUUUUCUGAACUUGUCCGGACAGCUUUGAACAAGCUUGGGUACUCAUCAUCCGAAGCCUUAGCCGCUAAAGGUGCUAUUCAGCUAAAAAAUUGGAAACCUCUUACAUUUGAUCAAAUUACAGAAUCCCCUGAAGCUACUGUUGGAGAUAUAUUGGGCGAACUCUCUACAGUGGCUACCCUUAGGAUACGACUUUAUAGCCGACCUAAGCUUCAUAGCGCUAAUGAUGUUAAAGAAAAAUUGUUGCAAGUCCUUUUGGCCCAGUCCCAAAACAUCUUGGUCAGUUCCGGCUGUCCCAUCGACCAGGUGAGUAGUAUUCUUGCGGCCCUUACCAAAGGACGACUUGAAUGUGAUAUUCCUGAUGAAACAAGAAAGAAAUUUGAUCAAUGGUACCUCCAGCAAGUUUUUCAACAUUGUAGACAAGUAGCAUUAUUGCAACAACAGCAGCAGCAACAGCAACAACAGCAUAUUCAUCAUCACCAUUCUCAUCAUCCAGCUAUUGUUCAACCUGGAGAGCCAAUGCCUGUUCCUGGUAGUCCUCCUCCUCAUACACCUCAAGAUUUAGUUUCAAGAGUUACUAUAGCUGGAGCACAAUCUCAAGGUCGGACUCGCAUUAGGACCUCAUUUGAUCCUGAGCUCGAAUUACCUAAACUACACCGUUGGUUUGCAGAAAAUCAACAUCCAUCCCGCCUGCAAAUACAACAGUAUGUGCGAGAACUAAACUCAUUGGAGUCUCGUAGGGGUCGAAAACCUCUGGAUGUGAACAAUGUCGUGUACUGGUUCAAAAAUGCCAGAGCUGCGCAUAAAAGAGCUGAACAGAAAUGUUGUUCAGAAAGCAAUGGCGUUCGUAGUCCUUGUGCGGAUGGAAUCAAUGAAAAUCGAACAAUGGUAUCAGAACAGGCGACUUGUCGUCCUUCAAAUGAAAAUGAGGGUGAAAGAUUCAGUGGUGAAAGUCAUUCUGAAUCGCAAGCUAACAGUUCUGAUGAUUCCGACAAUGUACAUACUCUUGAUCUCUCCGUACGUCGAUGCCAUAAUUAUAACAUUGAAUCAGAACAUAAUGAACCACAAGUUGAACUCAGGAUCAAAGAAGAACCACGGGAUUCCAGCAGCGAACAUUCUAUUGAAUCAAGUGAUAGUGGGGAUGAUGAGGUUGAUGUUAUGGAAGACAUGAACAUGACAAUUGAUGAUCCCAGGGAAGGUUACCAUGAUGCCAUGCAACAGAAUGGUGGUAUUUCAGGGAACGAUAAUUUGAUAUCUCCUGACGGAGAUAUUGAUCGUCAAGGAUCGGGAGCUUUUCCUUCUCGUGUUUUAGGUCGCCUGGAAGAAAGAAGGAAAAGGAACCGAACUUUCAUUGACCCGGUGUCUGAAGUACCUCGAUUAGAACAAUGGUUUUCUGCCAAUACCCACCCAUCUCAUAGUCAAAUAGUACGUUUUACGCAAGAGCUCAACAGUAUGCAAUACAGACAAAAGUUUCCAAAGCUUGAACCUAAAAACAUUCAAUUUUGGUUUAAGAAUCGGAGGGCUAAGUGUAAGCGACUUAAUUUAGCCGCAAAUUUGCAAAAUGUUAGUUGUACGGACAAAAUAGUACUGCCGGCCAAUUGAUUAAAAAAUUAUACUUUUCAUAAUAUCUCUGGUGCUCUCAUGACGAUGUAACCUCAACCAUGUUCUAACCUCUUGUAGCCUACGCAUGUUAUUCAAAGCAUUAACAUACGUAGGCUGCCUAAUUUUUUCGCCAAAAUGACUGUGGAAAAAAUUGUUUUAAAGGCGUGGAAAAAUACUAAUCUCAGUAGUAUUUUUCCUCCUCGACCACCUUACGUGAUUUUGAGAGCUUUCUAUAUUAAUUUCACUUCCAAUCUCUAAAUAACUUCUCAUAAUUGUAUAUAGUUCAAAGAAUGAGUAUUGUAGGUGAAACAAAAAUCAUGUGUGCAUAGCACUUCUUAAGUUACAUUUCAAUUGUUAUGGUUAUAUUAUAUUAUUGAAUUUUAAGACUGCUGUCUAGUUAUCAUGCUAUCAAUAGUGAAUAUGUACACUCUAAAACCAGAAAACUAAUGUAAAUACGGGUUCUGAAAUGCUUUUGUUCAGCUUUAGACUGUUACUUAAUUUUUAGAAGUAAAGUUGUUAUAUGAUUUUAAUCAGCAUCAAUUAUGUUAGUACUGUUCAAAGAACAGAAAAUAUAUUGAUUCUUAUUUUGAAUCAAAUACUCAUAGUUUAAAAAAUGUGAUAAUUUUGACGUUUCAAAUGGAAAUCUUAUUUCCAAAUUUGUUGAUGUGACUUACCUCAUGGUAUUGAUAAUUUAUUUUAUUUCAAUUUAUGAAUAUUUUUAUUAUAUUUAAUGAAACAUGUAAUUGUUGAUUUGACUCAAUUACGUUAAAAUAAGCACGUAUGAGAUAUUUGUGUUCGAUUUUGUGUGUACAUGAAAUCGAAUAAAA